AACAAGCAACCGCUCCAUCCUGCCUCCCCGACACCUCCAGCGCGUCGCCGCCUGCUGCCACGCCCCACCCUGCCUCACCGCUCGCCGCUGGCCACCGCCGCCCACCCCGCUGGCGCGCCUACCCCUACCCCGAGUGCCCCCACACGCGUAGCCUUCCACUGCCGGCGACCCGUGGCCUGCCACUGCCGACGACGAGGAACUGUCGGAUCUCGAUGAAUCCGGUGGGGAAUGGCGCGUAGGCAGCGAAUCUGGAAGGAAGGCGGCCGGGGCUUGGAGCAUGACGGCUGGCCGGUACGCCAUGGCAUUGGGGGGAGGGGGGCGUCCCAUGCUCCGCCCGUUUGUGUCCGCGCGAGGAGCUCACCCCCAAAGAACUCCUCGGGCGUCCUGCGGGCCCAGGCCGGAGGCGGCAGGCCCCAGCGCGGGGGCCGACAGGAAGGGGUCGAUUCGGAUCUCCGGGGCCGACAACGCGCCUGGCGCCGGCGGGGGACGCGGGAGGGCAGCAGCUCACGGACGAGGAGGCCCCCGCGGCGUGGGGGGCCUCGAGGCCGGCGCGGGCGGCGGGAGGGGGGACUCGCCGUACCAGGGCUAUGAGGUGCAGCGUCUGGCGAGGUUGGUGGACCACGCGCUGCCCUUCUCCCUGCUCCUCCUCGGCGUCUUCAUCCGCCAGCACCUGCAAGGUUUCUUCGUAAUGAUUUGGAUUACCUCAGUCAUGUUCAACUCCAAUGAUAUCUUGCGCAAGCAGACCGCUCUUAAGCAGGCUACAAGGUUGCGGGAGCGACCCUGCCAUUGUCAUGACGGCUGCUCCUUCUGGCUGGAUCGAGGCAUGAAGACCUGUGGGAUCCCCUCCUUCGGCAGGACCUCCUCAUCUGGAGGACUGCAUGUGACGAGUUAAGGCACAAGAAGAUCUACGACCAUUUUAGCUCCAGCAGUUAGUACACACCCAAUCAACAGUGCAUUUUCACGACCCAGGCUUCUGAAUUCUGACUGACAGGCUCGCAGGCACAGCCACAUAUAAUCUCACGCAUUCAAAAUGCUAGCUACAUGAAAUACGCCCAGAUUUACGAGUAGAAAUCCAAGGCAUUGCAGUCCAAUUGUUCUAAGGAUUGGAACCAGACGUGUGGCUCAAUACUGCUUGGAACAUCUGGAGGACCUUUGCAAUCUUAUCAAGCUUGACGCUAAACUGGCACUCUUACUUGAUCCCAUAUUACUCCUUCGAACAAUUUGUGCGCAAAGUUGAGGCAAUUGGGGCCAAUAAUCGUGUUAGAAUAAACUUCUUUCUUCCUUUUUCCAUACUGUGGGGCAACAGGAUCUGAGUCCCACUACAUCGCCCUUUGGUAUGUUUCGUGGGGAUCUUUUUUAUUCAACGCAUAAAUGCUGAUUCGUUCAUGCGUUUAUUAGAAGUAAGAGGCGCAGCAUGCGAGGCGUCCUCGAAGUUGAAGGAGUAGUAGAGCAGAGGAUAUUCUUAGUGAUUUGGAUAUACAGAGUUUAUGAUACAAAGACCUAUUUUGUUUUUGUACUGACUCUUGAAUUUUCUGCUUUCUAUUUCUGAACCCUUUUGAUAUGUUCUUUACUCCUGAUUUCAGCCUUUCAAGGUAUGUUCUUCUUCCGGGAUUGCAGAGAGCAUGGACCACCAAAUGGAAGAAGGAGAUGCCAUCCUUGACUGUCGUUGUCUUUGGCAUGUUGCUACCAUUUUUUAAUCCUUGCACUGCAGAGACCUCAGUCUAUCCAUGUAGGGAUUUGCUAGGAAAAACCAUCUCCGGAAAAAUAGGGCCAAAUUUGAAUUCUAAUAGAGUUGAAGAGACGCAUAGAGCAAGAGACAGGGAUAAUACUUCCUCGUGGGCUUCCUGAGAAUCUACAAUGAAGAAUAAGAAGGGUGUAGUAACUAAGUAUGCAUGUCAUAACUAAUUCUAUUGAAAAUAGUUAUUCAGGAAAAUUAAGCUAUAUUGAAAUGUUGCAUGGUUCAGAUAUUGGGUCUAUGAAGAUUUGUUUAUGCCAUAAAAAUGCAUAAAUAAAGUCUCGUGUGGCUAUGUAAUUCACUUGUUAUAUGUCAAGUUCGAGCUCCUAAGAACAGGGUGAAACUGUUUGUUCCGAAGAACAGAUGUCACUGCUCGGGCUCUCUUUUGUUGUACUUUCUUUCCGCUUUCCUUCUUAGCCCCUUUUUAAUUAACUUAGUUCGAACCCCCCUCUUUAGGCCCCUCUGAUGGUUAGACUGUUAAUAAUCUUUUAGAUUUCCACUAGGCGACCUUUGUAUAUACAGAUAUUCCAUUUUAUUAAUUAAUUCUACAAGCCAUGCUUUGGAUUGGCUCA